UUAAUAUUUGCAUUCUUCCAUUCAAUAUUUUGUGGUUUAAAAAAUGGUAGGUUUACUCGGUUGCUGGUGUUUACACUGGAGGUGGCAAUUCAAACCAUGGCCAAAAGUGUUGAACAAUUUGUUGUUCUCUUUGAUGCCAGCUUUUUCAGGUCAGCAUCAGCUUUUAUGAACAUUUUGUUGGCUUCACUCAAAAUUAUUGCCGAUUAUUAUCCAGGACGACUCCACAAAGCUUUUGUCAUUGAUCCUCCUUCACUUUUCUCUUAUCUUUGGAAGGGUGUUAAGACGUUUGUUGAUCUAGCAUCAUUAACAAUGGUGGUAUCAUCACUUGACUUUGAGGAAUCAUUGGAAUUCAAUGACUUCACUGCUUAUCCAAGAGCUGCAUCUCUCAGAUUCAAUCCUUCCUCCAUACCUUGUUCAUCUGGCAAGAUUGGAUCCUGCUCUUCUUCAAGAUUUUCCUUCACUGUCUCACACCAUUUUGACUCGGUCAAGCCAUGGUAUUUAUCUUUAACUGACACGUCAUCAGCUAAAGUUGGCCCCACUACUACUCCAGCCAUCUCACCCCUCAAUGCUAGGUCCUACUCAUUUGCAUCACCCAUUGCUAGGACUCCACGUGGCAACAUCAAGAAAGGGUUCUUCCCUUCUACUCCUUUGCCACAAAAAACUCAAGAGUUGGACCCGUCAGAAAUUCGCCAUCCUAGGGCUACUACGAGUACGAGGCUAUCAUUUUUUCAAUCUCCAGCCAUGUUCUUCAAGAAAGAUAAUAAUAAUUGCCAUAUCAGUAAGUGUCGUGAAUCAUUCCAGCCUUUUUUGAAGUUCUAUCGAAGGCCGUAUGAUGAGAUGAUUUAUAGGUCGAAGAUGAGACCACCACUAGGUGGACUUAUAUCUAUCGUCUCUCCGCACAUCAGGCGUCGACACAUGUCCCUCUCUCAACGCUUUUGAUUGAAAAGCAAGCGAGAUUUUACCCCUUUUUUUUGUAUUGAUUACUCUUCUAAGUACAUAAAUAUGUUUGGUUACUAUGAUCAUUAACCAAGGAGUUUGCUUGCUCCUCAACAAAUAAUUUAUUAAUUGUUUAUCAAUUCCGGAGGAAUUCAUUUUAA